AGCUGUUAUCUUUGUUUCGCAGCGACCUCCAGCGGUCCAAAAUGGCCAGUCCGCGGUUGCAACAUCAAAGCAAAGAUGGCGACGAACAGUGGCGACACAGACAGCGAUGCUGAUAUGCGGGAUAACAAUGCAAAGAAACCAAAAUGCUCACCUCCAGAGUCAACAAUGGACACGCCAGAUCAAGAUAAAGAUGUGAAAAACAAUUCUAACGAUGUGAACAUGGAGUCUGCCAGCCAGCAAAGCCAAACUUCAAACUCCCAAAGUCAAACAAACAGUGCCUGUGAGCCCACGGACUCUUCCGUCUGCAUGGCAACUGAACACAGUCCAAAGGAUUCUGGGAACAGUGAGGAAACUGCCAUGGAUGUUUCGGGUGAAGCUGAGAUGACGACAGCUUCUGGGGAAACAGCGGAGGAAACAGCGAAACCAAAAGAACUGGUGGACUUCAAAGUGAUGUAUAAUAAACAGAAAUAUGACGUCAGUUUUGAUCUGGACGGCACAGUGGCAACUCUUAAAACGCAUGUACAGACAUUAACAGGCGUCCCGUCAGAAAUGCAGAAGCUGAUGUACAGAGGCCUGAUGAAGGACGACAAGACCCUGCGAGAACUGAACGUCACCAAGGGAGUCAAACUGAUGCUGAUUGGCUCGACCAGGAAUGACAUCCUGGAAGUCAACAAACCCGUCCCUAAGGGAGCUGCCAAAGUCAAAGAGGAAGCAGCACCAGCAAAGGAGCCGCUUUGCAAACAGAAGAUGCACAAGAAGAUCUUGGACAAAGGCAUACCAGAUGACGCCAUGCCAGGAAUCAAAGGCAGACAGGAGGCGUUACCGUCCGUGCCAAUCUCUGGCAUGUACAACAAGGCUGGUGGGAAGGUGCGACUCACCUUCAAACUGGAGAUUGAUCAACUCUGGAUCGGGACAAAAGAGCGAACAGAAAAGCUUCCGAUGAGCUCAAUCAAGAACGUGAUCAGUGAACCCAUAGAAGGACAUGAGGAGUACCAUAUCAUGGCCAUCCAGCUUGGCCCCACGGAACAGUCCCGCUACUGGCUCUACUGGGUCCCCACACAGUACACCAGCGCCAUCAAAGAUGCAAUUCUCUUCAAAUGGCAGUACUUCUGACAGUCGGCGGAAGACACGCCCACCUCCUCAUCAGCUUCCUUCUUCCUGCAUCCUGUAUCCAUGGCAACCGCAGCGGAUAUCCUGUCCUCAUCCUGCCAGCCAGUGAGACGUAUCUUGUACAUAACUUUGCAACUUGGAAGGUGAUAUUUGUCGUUGCGUCGGGGGUUGGGGCCAGAAUGCCAUAAAGAAGGGCGGGGCUUACUUGUUAUUGUGUUGGGGGUUGGGCCAGAAUGCCAUAAAGAAAGGCGGGGCUUACUUGUUAUUGUGUUGGGGGCGGGGUCGUAAUGCCAUAAAGAAGGGCGGGCUUACUUGUUAUUGUGUUGGGCGGGGUCGUAAUGCCAUGAAGAAGGGCGGGGCUUACUUGUUAUUGUGUUGGGGGCGGGACCAGAAUGCCACAAAGAAGGGCGGGGCUGAUUUUGAUCAAAGGGCUUCAUGUGCAAACAGUGGGUUCUUAAUAGGUACUUUAGAACUUAAAACCACUCAAAAGUAAACUCAGAUACAUUGGUAGUACACUCAUUUCUACAGAAAUACCCUGCUGUUGGUGAAAGAACAAUCAGUUCAUGUAGAUGUUAUCAGGUAAUUUACUUUAUAAUUUAUGUUGCACUCCCGCAGAGUAAAUCUAGCAAGCAUGAUUGUUGAUUCUUCAAACUUAAUUUGGAUUGGUUGGGUUUGUGUGAUAGAUAGACCGUUUUGUACAUUGUACACAGUGACCAUCUUUAUUGGGACUUUUUUAGGAGUGUCUUUUUGUCUCAUUGUAAAUUGUUUUUAAUCUCAAGUUUGGUACAUACAGUGAAAGACCCCUGUUUAAAAAAACAAAUUUAUGUUUUCUUUUCAUGUGUGUUUACUGUUCCAAUCAUUUGAAUAAUAUGUAAAUGGACUGAAAGUAAAUGGCAGUGACACUUAAUAAUUGCAUACAAUUGAAGUAUGUUACUAUUUACCAUGUUCAGCUUUUCCCAUUUUUGGUUCUAAAAUUUUUUUCAAAGGCUGGCCACAUUGUGCAGGUUAUCUCAUUGUUCAGGUGUCCACUUUUGCAAGGUUGAUAAUGCGAUGCUUGUGAUUGUAAAUAUAAAUGCUUAAUGUGGAUAUCUGCCAUGCCUUUUAUGGUCAAACUGCUUUUAGACAAUGAAUGUGACAUUUGAAGAAAGCAUCUGGUUUGUUUCUUUAUCAAAGUAAUUAAUAGCAAGCAUUUAUGAAGCGUUGUUAAAGUACCACAGCAAUUAACAACAAGAAAAUCUUUAAAAAAAUAAGUUAUAAAAGUUAGUCACACAGUAUCUAGUUUCAAAUCAAAUGACAAACUUCAAAUUGUCGCCAAGUUAGUAUCUACAAACAUAUUCAUAAACACCCAAGACAGUUUACCCAUUCCUAUUGGAUAAGAGACCGUCGCGUGGGUGGUUUUAAACCAACGUUUAAACACCUCUGCAUUCUGCGCCACAUAGCGCAGUACAUGCUGUGCGCACCAAUUUCCACAUCAAGAGAUUUUUACCACUAAGCACUAAGCACAUACCACAGUCAUAGCCUGAGGGGUGUUUAAAAAAAAAUGAAGUAAAAGUGUUGAACAAAAUCUUUCAGAACUAGUGAAUUUUUUACUUGUUUUGACUUUUGGAGCAAAAGGUAUUUAUGAAUGGGAAUAAAUAUGUGAUUCGGCUCGUGCCAUUAUCGAGUAUUCUCUAUUCAGGAUUGGACAAUUAUCACUAGUUUUCAUUGGCCUAGAACAGCCACGUGUCUGGUCUAUAAAGACGCAUGUCACACACUAAUAUGCAUUUUUACGUGGAGAUCAGUGAUAUUGCACUGCGUUCAUUGUGCACAUUGCACAAUGCUACAUGCUAUGCACCCCUCAGGUGUUAAAAAUGUCAAAUCCCACAUCAAAGCAGUCAACAGUUGUUAAAUAUUAUUAUGUAUAUAAGAUAUACAUAAAAAGUGACACCGUAUGGAUAAAAAUAUAUAGCUUCCUUGAUUGUCUAGGGAAAUUGUAGCUAUAUUGGGACUGAUUUUGACAACUGGUUGAAAACUGCUGGUAUUUUUUUUAAUUAUUACCAUAAAUUAGCUGGACUGUACAUGUUUAUUUAAGUUAGCACUUCUGUUAUUGUUUGCAUAUCGAAUGUGUGAUAUCGAAGCCAAUUUCUGAUUUCAGAAUGCAUGGGUUCUGAAGAAAGCAACAUCAAAUGCAACGUGAAAAAAAUAAACAUAUCGUAACAUGCAAUGCA